GCCAGUGUUAAGCUCUUGCUUAUUAACAACUACUCUCCGUCGUCGGUCCAACGAGCGUGUGAGAAAUCGGCUUAUCGUUCUGCCUCUGUGUUGCGCCUGUUGAGAGGAGAGGAUGUGCGCGCAGCAGCAGCGGCUGUGGAUGUGAGAGCUUUGAUGGGUUUGUGAAGCCACUCCGCAGACCGUGCCGGGAGAGGCAGAUACUGAGGUGCAGUUUGAUCGGGGUUUUUUUUUUUUUUUUGGACACAAAAGUGACACUUCAUCAUCAUGGCGCGUUCCGUGUGAACGUCCAAUCAUCAUGGAGAAAUGGACUAGUCAGACAUGUUUUGAUGGUUUUUCGAACCGCCACAAUUAGGAGAUAAAAACAUGAUGUCCAAAACGCAUGGAGGGACCUUGUGAGAACUCCAGUCCUAAAUGGCAGAACUUGAAGUUUGCAGAAAUCUCAGUCUGGAGAAGGUGGAGCGAUGCAUGAGUGUGAUGCAGUCCGGGACACAGAUGGUGAAGCUGAAGGCGGGAUCCAAAGGACUGGUGAGACUUUUCUUCCUGGAUGAUCAUCGCUCCUGCAUUCGCUGGAAGCCCUCACGCAAAAGUGAAAAGGCAAAGAUCACCAUUGAUUCGCUGUACAAAGUGACAGAGGGCAUUCAAUCGGACAUCUUCCAUCGGCAUGCAGACGGCACCUUCGACCCAGCCUGCUGUUUCACAGUGUACCAUGGAAACCACAUGGAGUCCCUCGACUUGGUGACAUCAAAUGCGGAAGAAGCCAGAACCUGGAUAACUGGCCUCCGCUAUCUCAUGGCUGGGAUCAGUGACGAGGACUCGCUGGCCAAACGGCAGCGUACACAUGACCAGUGGCUGAAACAGACAUUCGAGGAGGCCGAUAAGAAUGGAGACGGUCUCCUGAACAUCGAAGAGAUCUACCAGCUUCUCCACAAGCUGAAUGUCAAUCUGCCGCGCAGGAAGGUCAAACAAAUGUUUCAGGAAGCAGACACGGACGAUCAGCAGGGAACGCUGACAUACGAAGAGUUCUCUGUCUUCUACAAGAUGAUGUCUCUGCGACGGGACCUGUUCCUGCUGAUGAUGGCGUACAGUGACAGAAAGGAUCACUUGACAGCGGAGGAGCUGGCCAACUUCCUGCGCAAUGAGCAGAAGAUGGCCAAUGUGACUCCAGAGUAUGUGGCAGAAAUCAUUGACAAGUUUGAGGUGUCAGAUGAGAAUAAACAAAGAGGAGUCUUAGGGAUUGAAGGUUUUACAAGUUUCAUGCGCAGUCCAACGUGUGACAUUUUCAACCCUUUGCACCACGAGGUGAAUCAAGACAUGGAUCAGCCUCUGUGUAACUACUUCAUCGCCUCCUCUCAUAAUACAUACUUGACUGGGGACCAGCUCCUCUCCCACUCCAAGACCGACAUGUAUGCCUGGGUGCUGCAGUCUGGCUGCCGCUGUGUAGAAGUGGACUGUUGGGACGGUCCUGAUGGAGAGCCGAUGGUCCAACAUGGCUACACACUGACCUCCAAGAUUCCGUUCAAAUCUGUCAUAGAGACCAUCAAUAAAUAUGCCUUCAUAAAUAACCAGUACCCAGUAAUUCUGUCCAUAGAGAACCACUGUAGCAUCCAGCAGCAGAAGAAGAUUGCUCAGUACCUGCGAGAAAUCUUUGGAGAAAAACUGGACGUCAGAGACGCACUGAGCAGAGACUCCAAAACGUUACCCAGUCCUCAGAAUCUGCUGGGCAAGAUACUCAUCAAAGGGAAGAGCCUUCCUGCCUAUCUGUCUGCAGACGCAGAGGAAGGAGAGGUGUCCGAUGAUGACAGCGCUGAUGAAAUUGAGGACGACUUCAAGCUGAAGAGCAGUAAUGGCAACGGUCAUCACCAGGUGGAGUCUCACAUCAGAAAGAAACUGGACUCUCUGCUGAAGGAGUCUCGUAUCGGAGACAAGGAAGAUUCCGACAGUUUCAGCAUCAGAGCUCUGCUCCGGGCUACAAGCCAGGGCCUUCAGAAGAACCUGCGGCAGAGCUCCAAGGGGGUUCUGAAGAAAUCCCAGAGCCGAUCCUUCAUCACAACGCUCAAACAGAAGAGGCACUCCAAAUCCAGGCUGUCAUGCCAAAGCGUGGAUAAGGAGGACGACGAUCAGGAGGGGUCUGGGAGGGAGGCCGGAGGGCAGUUCAACAGGGGUGGAAGGAAGAGGAAGACGAUGAAACUGAGUCGAGAUCUGUCAAACCUGGUUGUGUUCACCAACUCUGUUGCCUCACAGGAGUGUCUGAAUGAAGGUACUCCAGGUGACGUUCUGUCAUUCAGCGAGACCAGAGCCCAGUCUCUGGUAAAUCACAAAGCCGAACAAUUCCUGGCUUUUAACCAGAGGCAGCUGUCACGGAUUUAUCCCUCAGCCUAUCGUAUCGACUCGUCCAAUUUUAACCCCCAGUUCUACUGGAACGUGGGCUGUCAGUUGGUCGCUCUGAACUACCAGACCGAGGGCAGGAUGAUGCAGCUCAACAGAGCCAAGUUCAUGGUGAAUGGAGGUAUUGGCUACGUCCUCAAGCCCCCUCCCAUGUGUAAAGGCUCCUUCAACCCAUUCAGUGAUGACCCGCUUCCAGCUUACCCCAAGAAGCAACUCAUUCUUAAGAUCAUUAGCGGACAGCAGUUGCCCAAACCACCAGACUCCAUGCUGGGGGACCGUGGAGAGAUUAUUGAUCCAUUUGUGGAAGUGGAGAUCAUCGGUCUACCAGUUGACUGCUGCAAGGAACAGACACGAGUUGUUGAUGACAACGGUUUUAAUCCAGUAUGGGAGGAGACUCUGUCUUUUACACUUCACAUGGCAGAGAUUGUCUUGGUGCGUUUCCUUGUCUGGGACCAUGACCCAAUUGGACGGGACUUUAUUGGUCAACGGACCGUUGCCUUCAGCAGCCUGAUGCCUGGUUACAGACAUGUUUACUUGGAGGGGCUGACUGAGGCUUCCAUCUUUGUGCAUGUGUCAGUGCAUGAUGUCUAUGGAAAGUGGAGCCCUCUAGUCCUGAACCCCAGCUUUACCAUAAUGCACUUUCUAGGAUCUAACAAGGGUCAUCAGCUGCGAGGUAUCCGUGGUUUGUUUAACCGUUCUUCCAAGUCCUCUGUGGAUACAAACUCCGGUGGCCUUCGGAAACGUUCCAUCAGUGACCACCUCCUGCGACGCACAGCCAGUGCCCCAGCAAAGGGACGAAAAAAGACAAAGAUGGCACUAUCAGAGUCAGUGGCUUCGAUAUCAGACCAAAAGAACAGCACAGGUGCAGGAGCAGGAGAAGAGGGCAUGUCAGGGAAGGAAGGAGGUGUGGGGAAGCGUUACCAGCCACGAGGCCCCCUCACCCAUAGACCUAUCUCCAUGCCCUUAGACAGGCUUCUGCAAGGGCAGCUAUCCCUCUGCUCCCCAGACAAGGAACAGAAUGAUUUGGGCUCAGACACUGUUAUUGGAGCUUGCCCCUUCAACAGGCCCAGGUCUUCCUCUUUGGAUCCUUUCAUCGAAUCUUCAUUUUCAGUUGAACCUAAUAUCUCCUCCCCUUCCAAGACGUAUAUCAACAGAAAUAAAGAAACUGACCAAUCAGAUGAGGCUUCUUAUCUGGUCAUUGGCGGAGGACAAGCAAGAAAGGAAGAGGAGUAUGCCAAUUAUCAACCAGAAGACAAUGAAGUCAACAAAUCAAACAUGCUCCCAACAGAAACAGAGAAAAAGUAUUUCGUCUCACCUUCUAAGAACAGCCAGAUGAAAUUAGAUAAACCAGAAACAUCAUCAAUCAGCACAACAUUCACAGUUGCACCUUCAGUCUCCUCAUCCUCCUCCUCUUCUGCCCCCUCCUCUUUGCCCCCUCUCUCCCCUGUCAGUAUGGACUGCGAUCUAAAGAGUCCCAGCUCUUUGCAUGACAGCACCAUCUCCAGACUCAUUGAUGCUGUGUCUUUAGGCAAUGAGCAAGACACAUGUGGCUCUAUUUCUGCUCUGAUUGGUCAGUUUGAAAACACUGUUGAACAAAAUGAUUCACACACAUCUCCUCAUCAUACCCCUUUCUGUCACUCAAACUUCAGACCUACCACCCCUAAAGUGCUGCAGGAUUCAAGGGCUUCUCUUAAGAGUAACACUGCAUCAGCUAACAAGAAACACCUAUUAAGUCCCCAAAAAGUGGCCCAAAAAACAAAUCAAGAAAACAAGUCAGUGCACCAGAUUUCCCACGCAGAUUUGCCCGCUCCAGCUCUCCUCUCGAGCCCAGAAACGGCUGAGCUUGAGGAGGUCUACACAAUUCUGGAUGAGGAAGUGCUGUUGCCUGUAUCAGUGUACAACCUGAGGAAACAGACAGUCCAUGUUCAGGCAGACACUAGGGAAAGCACACCCUCAAACAGCUUGGGGUCCUCUCCAGCAAAGGUGGCACAGGGUUUUGGGAAAGGGAACAAUGCAAGCUGGGAUGAUAUGAACAGAAAGAGAGGUGGGAGUGAAAAAGUUGAGGAGGCAGAGGAGAGUGUAUAUGAAGAAGUGUAUGAUCCACCAGCACUAGUACCAGGAGCAGAGCAGGUGACUAAAAGCUACAUGGGCUCCUCUGUAAACAACGAACGUUUCCAGUUUCUCCAUGACUCAGCUGGAAAUGCCUUUGCAGAAGUGGAGAUAAAUGUCGACGAGGAUCCAUUGGAAAUUAUGAUGACCUCACCGAGACAUGGCAGCCAAUGGGAGGGACUUACAAGUCCAACCAAACGGCAUGCUAUUUAUGAAAACCAUGAGUCCACUCCCAGCUACUCCCAACAAAAACAGCCUCUGUCAUACUGUGAUCCUCAGCAGCAGUACCCAUCACGUGCAUUUUCACAGUGUUCCUCCCCAAUUAAUCAACCCUCCUAUCAGCUGCCCAAUCACCACCAACACCACAACAACUUCCAGCCUUCACCUUUCCACAGACCUGUCAACUCUAGACCCUCCAUCCCGAGCCCACUGCGUCAGAACAGCUAUCCUGUUCCUCAGAGCAAUUCUGAUGCCUUUAACAACAGCAGAGACUACAGCAGUUCCUACAUGCAACAGAAGAGCUAUAGUGGCAGCCAGAUCCUGAUGAGGUCUCAUCAAGAUAGGCUAGGGUAUAAACAGAUGGAGAGGGAGCAAGUAAGGUGCUUCCAUAAUGGUUUCUCCUCUUCUGAAAGCCUCCCUGGCCAAGCUGCUUUGUCUACACACAUCAGUAGAGACAGAGGCUUAUAUUCCCCUUCCUCUGACUGUGAUGCAGUGUACAACCACCUGGACUAUGACUGCAUUACACCCCCAUCAGAGUCUUCAGCUCCUCGAAACACUAAGCCACACUGCCAAAGUCAAACACAAUCAUACACCCCGACUCAUUCAUGGAAGCAAAAGGCUCCCCUUAUGGCUACAAGGCAGCAGUCACAGCCUGAGUCCAGAGAUUAUCUACACUCAGAUUUAGGCCCUUUAUCAUCUGGACCCCAGUCUGGUACCAUAGAAUCUACUGUCCCCAGCCCAUGUAAGUCCAAGUCCCUGGGAGACCUGACCUCUGAAGACAUAUUAUGCAACUUCCAGAGCAAAUACAACAUUAUUAGUCGCAGUUUCAUCACUCCCCAUAUGAGGAAGCAAAUGAGGAUUGGCACUAUGGGGGAAGUAACAUUCCAAUCACAGUCUUGUGAUCCACUCACAGAACAGCUACGUAAGCUUGUCAGUCUGGAGGGGGAUGACAGUGACAGAGAUAAACCCCAGCCUCCUCAGUUGCGUCAGGAAACAAAAUCCCCACUGUCACAGCCACAAGCAACAAGUGUAGCACCUCUUGGUCCCAGGGAUGUAGAUGAUUCCCCUCCACCUCUUACGCGGCGCCUAUCUUCUCGGAGCCAAAGCCGAGUGCGCCAUAUCAACAGCCGAGCCCGUGAAAGACAGCAAGAGGCUCUAAAGCCUCGGGCAGGUUUGAUGAUCAAUAGCGCCGCCGGCAUUGGUGGAGUGGUAUUGAGGAGUAAACCCGCCUCACAGAAUCCACCAGCUAACAGACACUCUACUGGUUCUUACAUAGCAGGCUACCUUGGUCAGCUGGAGGACAGGGGACUUCCUGAAGGAGCUUGUACAUCAUUACGCUAUGGAAAUGGGGAUCAAUAUGGAGAUCGGUACUACACAGAUGACUCUCUUCCACCUGCGGACUCCAACCACUCUGUGUCAGAGCCGGAGGUGUACUUUCUACUCAGACUGUAGCUCUAACCAUAACCUGAAAUGAGACAAUGACCAAGCAGUGAUUCUCGAUGACAUUCAGUUACACCAAAAGCCAGAAGAUCAAGGAAAGAAAUACUUGCCAUAGUUUGUUCCCAUGUCCCAGUUUCCCAUAUAACAGUUCAAUAAGUUUUAUUCUGGGCUUUCAGAGAAAGAUGUAGUCUGUAUAAUGUAAGUGAAACAUUAAAUGUAAUCCAUGGUUGGAACUGACAGCAUGAAUUUUCUGUAUGAAAUGUCCACUAUUCAAUAGUGAAUGGUCUUUCUAGUCUGGCAGUGUAUUGUCUAUAUUCUGCUUAAUGUGUAAAUGUACUUGGGAACAUUGAUUCCCUCCAAAUGGCUUCCUAGACUGAUUGUACAGAUACUUAUUAUCUUUGUCCCUGUGAUUUACUGUCCAAACUACGUACAUUGACUAUGAAGCAAAAAAAAGGCUUAUAAGCAGAGAGGGAAUGUCUUUCUUUGUAUCAUUUGAAUGUGUAGUAUGAUCAGACUGCUACAUUUAAUAGAUGGAUUCAUCUUCUCAAAGACCAUAUUUAAGUCUUCCUUCUCUUUUUGGUGGUAUUUCUUUAUUUGUCUUGUGUGUAAAUAUUCCUGUCAUUGUUUUUAAACUGGUUUUAGUUGAGAACCAAUUCUAACUGUACAUUUAUGUUUGUGCAUGUUACCUGUGAACAUGUCAAGCAUGACUAUGCACCAAUUUUACAAUAGAUGUUGCAUCGCCCAACAACAUUUGCACAGAACAAAUAGUUGCAUUGGAUACAACAGAGGACAUAGGCUUGUUUGUAUUAGGUGCAAUAGAGUACAUAGACUUCCGUGCUUGGACUUGUUGCUCUCUAUGAUUUGUAGACUCUGAAAACAUACUCGGAAAUUUGAAGGAUUUGGAGUUUAAAGGUUUUUAUUUUUAUAAUUGCUUUGAUACAGACUGCAAAAAUAAUCUCUUGUUGGUUAUGGUUGUUUUAUUUUGUAUAACUUAAUUGAAUGAAUAAUCAAAGUCACAACUACACAGGGCCAGGCCAGGCUGAGGUUUUUUGUAUUGUUUCAGUGUUACGCCAUCCUUUUUUCUUUGUAAUGUUGCUCAUCUGACGACUGUGAGCAUUUUCCUACCAAUGCAAUAAAAUAUUUAAAUAUUUGAUUUCAACAAA